AACUUCUUUUAAGAAAACUGAAACUGGAUUAACGACAGAAAUCGGAUCAGCCGUUUGGAAGAAAUGAAAGUCAUAAUAGCUGCUGGCUCAGAUGGACCAGAACUCUAAUGACUUGGCUCAUUUAUAUUCUUAGAUGUUAUCCUGAGUACCAGGAAAUGAUUUACGAAGAGGUUGAAAGUAUUGACAUUGAAAACUGGACCAUUGGGACUGUCAACAGUUUUUCAUUUCUCGAUCAGUGUUUUAAAGAGGCACUUCGACUUUAUCCUGCCGUCCCAUUUAAAGUUCGAGCUACUGAACAUGAACAAAUUGUCGAUGAUAAGAUUCUACCCAAAGGUACGAAAAUUAUAAUCAGCAUCUUAACCAUCUUAAAAGACCCAAAGAUUUUCCCUGAACCCUUUGAAUUUAAACCUCAAAGAUUUUCACCUGAUGCUCAACCGAAAAUUCCCGCUGGUGCUUAUAUUCCAUUCGGCUUAAGACCAAGAGAUUGUAUCGGUCAAAGAUUGGCUCCGUUUUAUAUAUAAAGUUCAUUAUUGGAACGAUAAUAAAAUCAUAUAGAUUUGAGUCACAUCGAAACUGGAAAGACAUCGAUUAUAAAUGGAUUUUUACAUAUAAGCCAACAAAUUCAUUGAACAUGAC